AUGAAAUUGAUCAUGAUGUUGAUGAUGAACGAUCAUCAUCAACAUCGUCAUUAUCAAAUUCGAAUGAUAAAGAUUCUCAUCUGGAAGAUCAUCUUGAAGGAGCAUAUGAUCCAAAUAAAUUCGAUUGUCCGGAUGCACCAUCACAUGUACGGAAUUUAUUUCAAUUCAUUGGACAUUAUUCACCACAAAUGAUUGAAAUUGGACCACGAUUAAAACCAUUCAUACCGGAUUAUAUACCAACGGUUGGUCAUGUUGAUGCAUUUAUUAAAAUACCGUAUCCUGAUGGUCGUACAAAUGAUCUUGGAUUGACUGUACUGGAUGAACCAAAUAUCGAACAAUCCGAUGCUACAUUGUUGCAAAUGAAAUUAAAGGCAUUAUCACGGGAAAAAGUUCAAACCACGGCAACAAAAACAACAACGAAAGGCGAUGAUCACGAUGACAAUGGAAAUGAUUCAGCCAAUUUGAUUGCAGUAACGGCAGAUCCAGUCGUACCAAUGAUACAACCAAAUCAAUCGAAUAUUACGAAAGAAAUUAAUAAAUGGAUUGAUUAUGUUAAACAAUUACAUGAAACAACAGCACGGCCAGAAUCGGUUGCACUAAUACAUCAACUAUCGGAUCAUGAAAACAUUGAAUCAUUGAUGCAAGAAUGGCCCGAAGAAUUGGAAACAACAUUGAAUGUUCAUACGAUACCAACACCAGAAUUAGAUUGUAGCAUUGAUGAAUACAUGGCAAUUUUGAUGGCCAUCCUUGAUAUACCGGUGCAGAAUAAUAAAAUUACAUCACUCUAUCAAUUGUUUACAUUGUUGAAUGAAUUUCAAAAUUCACAACAUUUCAAUAAAUAUGAUAAUGAUGAUGAUGAUGAUGAUCAACAAAAUUAAUUAAUUAACGUAACGAAGGACGGAUGUUUAAAGAUAAAUAGAUAUUUGACGUGUUUAUUUUAUUUUUACGAAAAUGAAAAUAAAAUCUACCUAUACUCUAUGAA